GCGCAGCGCCGACCUUCCGGGAACAGCCUCCAGUGGCCCGUUUCCGAGGAGGAGCCGCCAGCGAGCCUCUAUACUUUCCUAUCUCUAUCCAGGCCGGGCACGGGAGCGGGCCGGGCGCAUGCGCACUCCGCGUCCCUCCCUCCCUCCCUGUGAGCGCCAUGGAGGGCCCUUCGGCCGGCGGAGAGUCCCAGGCAGACCGAGGAGGAGAAGGAAGAGGAGGCAGCAGCAGCCAUCCCAGUAGAGAAGCGCAUCCAGCUCCCUGCCCUGCUGCAUUGCAUGGUGAUGACGGAGGCUCCGAUGAGCGGCUGUGGGGGUCCCUUUGGGCGCUGCUCCCUUCAUCCCCGGAGGGCCUGACGCUGGGCCUGGAGGGGAGCUCUGUGGUGCCCCCCAGCGUCGUUGGGUUGCUCCGUCAGGCAGCGGCACUGCUAUUCCGUGCGCCUGUGGGCCCACAGCCGGGUCCUGAGUGCGAGGCCUGCCUUGGGUGCAGCCGAGCGGCCUGUGACUUUUCCUGGGAGCAGCUGCAGGUGGGCCCCUGGCGCGAGGUGAAGGCGGCCUGGAGGAGGGCCUUCGCCUGGGGCUGCCUCUUCCGCGCCCUCUGCCUCUGCCGGGGCCCCAUAGGCUCUCCCCGCGAGGCCCUGCAUGCCUGUGACCUGGGCCUGCUCCUGGGGGCGCCUGUCCUGGACAAUGCUCUGGGCAAGAUGGCCACCAUCCUCCAGCGACACCUGAACCCAGACCCCCCAGGGACCCAUCGGCCUCUGACAGUGACCGAAGGGGAGCCCCCCUGCAAGGUACGCCCCGGGCUUCUAUGUGUGACGUUCCCCUGAGAGCCCUCUUUCCCGGGAAGGAGGGUAGCAGAGGCUCCCCCUUUUCUGGCCAGGAAGAGAGGCAGGGGGGGGUCCUUCCGGAGGUCACAGCCCACCCUCUGCUGCUUUGCCAAGGCA